GGGUCAGAGGAGGCGACGAGGCGAGCAGAAAGCGGCGCUGCAAUCGUGCUCUCACGAACGAGCGAGAGAGGGACAGAGAGAUGGCGACGGUGGGCGGCGCCACCAAUGGAGCCGGCGGCGACGACGAGUUCUACCUGCGGUACUACGUGGGGCACAAGGGGAAGUUCGGGCACGAGUUCCUCGAGUUCGAGUUCCGCCCCGACGGCAAGCUCCGCUACGCCAACAACUCCAACUACAAGAACGACACCAUGAUCCGCAAGGAGGUCUUCGUCUCCCCCUCCAUCCUCCGCGAGGCCAGGAGGAUCAUCCAGGACUCAGAUAUCAUGAAGGAGGACGACAGCAACUGGCCGGAGCCCGACCGUGUUGGAAGGCAGGAGCUCGAGAUUGUCAUGGGGAACGAGCACAUCUCCUUCACCACCUCGAAGAUUGGCUCCCUCGUCGACGUCCAGACCAGCAAUGAUCCGGAGGGCCUGCGCAUCUUCUACUACCUCGUGCAGGAUUUGAAGUGUUUUGUUUUUUCGCUUAUCAACCUCCACUUUAAGAUCAAGCCUAUUCAAUCUUGAGCACAUCUGUGCUCCCUGCAUCAUGGUUCCUAGUUUUAGAGAAUUCUGUAAUAUCCUAGUAUGAGUUCUUGCUCAUUAUGCAGUUUGGUGCGUGGGGUUGCUUUGCGUGAUAUGUUUUGAUAUCACCUGAGAUUGUUGGAUUGUGCAAACUGCAGGUGCCCAUUAGUGAUGUUUAUGCAUGCUCCUUCUUUUCCAGUAUUCGGAGUUUUCUA